GCCCGUGACAAUUGUCCUAAAAACAGGAACAUCACCUAACCCUAGAAAUCUCUGUGGUUACUUGGAUCCUAAUCUCCUAAUUCAUCAGCGGUGAUCGCACCAAAAAGAAAAAGCAAUCGUCUCUCAAUCGAAUAUUCCUUCAAUCAAAGAAUACAUCACUACUCUCACCAACUCUCACUUAACUCUCUUCACACUCGCUGAUUCUACAAGAUAUUUUGUUAGAACAGAUACGCGAUCAAUUGAGGACAAAUGAACAGCUCACCGAAGAGAUGUGCGAAUGAGGUCUCACUUCUUCCCUACGACUUAAUUUUCAAAAUUCUUCUUCUCCUUCCUGCAAAAGACAUCUUAAAGCUAACUCUCGUAUGCAAAACAUGGCGUACCCUGAUAAGCAGCCCUAAUUUCAUCGAAUCCCACACCACUCGCUGUGAAAAAGUUCUCACAUUUCUUAAACAAUUCUCCGAAUCACGCCCAAAUACAUUCGAUAUCAACACCCAUAACAACAACAACCAAUUCACACUCUUCGAUCCAAAUCCUCCCAAAAAGCAAAAACUCCAAAUCUAUCUAAUGGAAUUCAAUUUCAAACACCAAAACGCCACAAUCACCGACCCAAACAUUUCCGGUUUCCGCGAAAUCUUAGCCACAUGUAAUGGUUUAAUUCUAGCAACAAACAAAACCGGAACUUUACUAAUCUUGAAUCCCACAACCCGAAAGCUCCUCCCACUCAAAUCCGGAACCAUAGUUCAAACCCGCGAUGAAUCAUACGGGUUUGUAUUCAGCCCUAAAACCCAACAAUAUAAAGCUAUACACGUAUUCAGAGACGAAUCGGGUCAUAUAGACACUGAAAUACUAAGCUUAAGCACAAUGCAAUGGACUGGGUGUCAUGUCCCCACUUUCGGGCUCUUCCGUGACUUCACACACAAACCAGUUUCCACUUGUGGGGUUCUUUAUUGGCUUCCAGGGACUAAUAAUGUAAAUUACAUAAUCUCAAUGGAUAUAGACAAGGAAAAGUUUUCCCGUAUGGAUCUUCCAGUUACAACGGGGAUGAAUGAUCGACUUAUUGAGAAUGGUGACUUGUUGAAUUUUGUGGCACAAUUGACGGUUUACCGGAUUCAAAUAUGGACAUUGAAACGGGCCGAAUGUGAGGAAAUUUGGGUCAAGAAGUGUACGAUUAACAUGGAUUAUGAUAUAACGGGAUUGAUUCCGGUUUUCAUGACGAAAAACGGGAGGUUUUUGGUUUUUAAGAAGUGGAGAGAAGCGGUUUAUGAGUAUGAUAUGGAAGAAGAGGAAAUGGGGAAGAUGGUGGUUGAUGGGGAUCGGAAUUUUAAUUAUAGAAUGGCGUUUACGCAUAUGAAUACGCUUGUUUCAUGGUCGAAUUCCACACCGUUGUGGUAGUAGUAUAUGUGUGUAUGAUCGAUGUUUAUAUCAUAUUUUUAUCUGAUUGAACUUAUUAUCUGAUAAUUGUAGUCGAGUUAAAGAUUGAGUGGGAAUAUAAGUUCGAAGUAUGUAAUUGUGUUCGAGUUUGUAAACGUUGGGCUUGAAUUAAAGAAAAAAACCCGAUGGAUUGUGUUAA